GUAUUUUUGGGGUGGAAGAGAGCAGCUCAGGAGUGAGGUCAAGUGUGUGAGCAACAAGCGUGGAGGGAGGAGAGAGAGAGAGAGAGAGAGAGAGAGAGAGUGGAGUGGGAGUGUGGGAGAGUUCGUCAGACUCUGGUGAUGGUUGGGAGGGAAAAACACAAACGCUUUAUUCUCAGCUUUUGACUGAGAUCCUUCAAGAGAGACAGAGAKAGAGGGCGAUGCUGGGAGGUUACUGUUAACCUUACUUAUUUUGUCAGCGAUCUCUGAAUGAAUGCUGUGUUGUGAUGGGGACUGUGAGUGAGCUGUGUGCGUCCAGUUUCCAAGCUUUUCUCUGCCCUACUGUACGAGGGGGAGCACCUGCUGCUGCAGCCUCAGUGCCUGAUGACCUGAGUCCAGAGGAGCGACAGGAGCUGGAGAGCAUCCGCCGCAGAAAACAGGAGCUGCUGCAGGACAUACAAAGGCUGAAGGAUGAGAUAGCAGAAGUGACCAAUGAGAUUGAAAACCUGGGCCUGACUGAAGAGAGGAAAAGCAUGCAGAGGAACAAACAGAUGGCCAUCGGCCGGAAGAAGUUCAACAUGGACCCCACAAAGGGGAUUCGCUUCCUGAUCGACGGCUCUCUGCUGAAAAACACCAGCGAAGACAUCGCUCAGUUCCUCUACAAAGGAGAGGGCCUCAACAAGACGGCCAUCGGCGACUACCUGGGGGAGAGGGAUGAAUUUAACAUCAAGGUUCUGCACGCCUUCCUGGAGCUGCAYGAGUUCACGGACCUGAACCUGGUCCAGGCGCUGCGGCAGUUCCUCUGGAGCUUCAGGCUGCCGGGCGAAGCCCAGAAGAUCGACCGCAUGAUGGAGGCGUUCGCCCAGAGAUACUGCCACUGCAACCCGGGCGUGUUUCAGAGCACCGAUACAUGUUACGUGUUGUCGUUCGCCGUGAUCAUGUUGAACACGAGUCUGCACAACCCGAACGUACGAGACAAACCGUCAGUCCAGAGAUUCACUGCCAUGAACAGAGGAAUCAACGACGGAGGAGAUCUGCCGGAGGAUCUGCUCAGAAAUCUGUACGACAGCAUCAAGAAUGAACCGUUUAAGAUCCCAGAGGAUGAUGGGAACGACCUCACACACACCUUCUUCAACCCGGACAGAGAAGGSUGGCUGCUAAAACUCGGUACGUUUACUUGA